AUGUCUGUUCCUGAAUUCGUUGUAGGGGCUCUGGAUCAGGAGUCCUGGAAUGAAUGGGCAGAAAGGUACCAGGUAAAAGGGUUAAGUAUCUAUGAGUUGGAAGCCUAUGAUCCAGCAUCAAAAAUAAGUGACCCCCAAUAUCUAGCUCUGAGGGCAUUGUGGAAGGUUGGGCGGGCUAGUGAGUUCCAACCAGACAAAUGGGGAAUCCAGGGCGUUGAGGCUGCUACGGAGAAGCUGGCGAAGCUCAAGCAUUGGAAAAGCUUCCUUGAGGCGAUUUCACUAGAGACCAAUUUAGAUGAAAUGCUUCCCAUACAGGGUGACCUUGGCGCUUUUACGCUGAUUUGGUAUUAUGGCCAGCUCAUUCGCUGGGCGCCGAGUGCGGCCGAUACUGAAGAAAACGCCAAUUUCACUCCAUGCAAAAGCUUUUCCGAACAAACUCAUACACAUCCUUAUGCGACUCAUCUGGCUGAGUACCUGAAGAUAUAUGGAGAUCCGGAAGAGCAAAGGAAAGGAACAUGUGGACUACCAUCAAGCAGUGAGAGUCAAUUCUACCAGUCUUCCGAAACUGCCUGCAUUGAUCUAGACCCCGAAGCAUGCAGUGAUGACUCUAGACUGGAUCCAAGCUACGAGGAGCGGGAAGACUUUGCACAAGUCUCUGAUGAGAUUAUAGUUAAUGCAUACUUGCUGGGUCUGGCAAGUGUAGUAACCUUCUCUAUCGAAGGCGUCGAAGCCCACUGGACCCCAGAACGGAAGGGGUACAAAGUCUGUGAUGAGAAAGGCAUCAAGCUGUAUGAAGCACGGACGGAUGGUCAUAUGUACCUAAAUGGUAAUGGAAAGACCAAAGCCAUUGUCGAAGUCAAACCCGUGGUGCGAGCCGAAUUACCCCGGGUCAUGAUGCAGGAAGUCGCUCAAAUGGCGGCAUGGAUCCACGCCGAAAAGGACGUUUUACAGGAUGAAAACCUGGCGGAACAAUGGUUCCGUCGCUUGCUCUGGUCGAUGAAUCGACAUGAGCUAUAUAUAAUCAUUGCCGAGUAUAAUGGGGACUACGUCGACUAUUUGACGAAUCCACGAGGCCAAGCGGAAUGCGAAUCUUUCAUGACGAUGAAUCAGUUUGGCCCAUGGGACAUUAGAGACUCUACUCAGGUUGCUGAAUUUGCUGCCAUAUUAUUGGCAGUAACUUUACAGUUCAGUAAGGGUCUGCCCCUUAUCUGA